UUUCGUAGCGGUGGAUAAAAAGACCCUUUCAGAUGGAUCGGUUUAUAAUCUGGCAAAGUUCCUCUAUUUGACGUGUAUGCAAAAUUCAGUAGCGAAAACGGCUAUCUUUCAAGGUUAUUGUUGUCAUUAGUUGGAGAUCUGAAUUACCAUGCAACCCAUCGAAAUAUUCCUUCGACAAAUAUGGAUGGCAAACAUAAACCAUAAAGAUUUUAGAAACGAGAGGUUUUGUUGAUCAGUGUCAGAAAGUAAAUGUGUCAAAAAAGUGGAUAUAAAACCAUGGAGAAAGCGUUUAGUUUACGGCAGACUGGGAGGUGGUCAAGUGGUCGUAAUUGAAAGGCAAAUUUGAAUUUAUGGUUUUCGUUGGAAGAGAGCCAGAUUUCAUUUCAUACUCAAGGCACCAGUUGUUUUCCGCGAACGCUCAGUACGUGAUUGGCCGGCUUAUUCUCGCUGGACAAGGUAAACGAUUUAACAGCACUGUAAGCCAUAGCCGUGAAUAAAAGAGCGAGAUCAACAAAAGACGAUAUUUUUCACGCCCAAACAUAAAUUGAGGAAUGGAAAAUUUUACAGGAAAUAGCUCUUCUUAUUCAGCCUCCGGUUUAGUCAGCCAGUUACCUGAGAAUCCAACGGGAUCCAUCCCUCUGGCGUGCCUUUAUUCGGUGAUUUCAUUUAUUGCGGUGUUUGGAAACCUUCUCGUUGUAACAGCUGUUAUCUGGGACCACACGUUGCGGUCAUACACAAGUAACUAUUUCCUCGCCAAUCUUGCAGUGGCCGACUUUUUCCAGGGAGCUGUGGCAAUUCCUUUGCGGAUACUGGAGGUGAUGGCGCUUGAAUACGACCCAAACGUUUUUUGCAGAGUCGCAAUUCCUACUUCAAUAUUAUUUGGGAGCAGUUCCAACCUAGCUAUCCUUGUAAUAAGCAUCGACAGAUUUCUAGCCGUGCAGUAUCCUUAUAUUUAUGUAAGAUACUCGAGCCUCAAAUUCAUAUUUGGUGCAAUUGCAUGUGCGUGGUCAGUAGCUUUUGUGUUAAGUAUAACGGCCGCCUCCCGAUUAGUGUGGCUUAGUCCUGAUGUCCCAUCACGAAUUUGUCGUUUUCCUACCUAUCUGAACCAGGAUUAUAUAAUGAGCAUGUACGUUCUUGUACAUGCCAUUCCCAUUGGUACAGUAGUACUUUUAUACGGCUUUAUUCUCAAAGCCAGUUUAAGACACGUGCGCAAGAUUCACGCACAGGAACUUGCGGUUGCUUCAUGCCGCAAUACAAACGGUGACCUUAGCAUCAUCGAAGAAGAAACCUCGUCUAGUACAAAAAGAAGAAAAAAGCGCCAUCGGGAUAACAUUAAGCAUAGGAAAGCUGCCAAGACGGUUUCUAUAAUCGUUGGCAUUUUUAUCGUGCUUGUAGUUCCUAUCAUAGCAAUCGACUUAGCAGAAAUGUUGGGGGCUCCUUCAGCCCCCGCGUCGUUAACUAGAAUCUGUGUUUUUAUGAUUUAUGCUAAUAACUGUGUUAACGUUUUGGUGUACGCUGGUUUUAACCAGGACUUUAGGCGAGCUUUUAAGAAGAUAAUAAUUAAGUUCUUUCGAAGUUUCUACGGAAUUAGACCGCACCGGUGAAGCGAGGAUUAAUAUUGAUUUCUGUAAAUAUAGCAUAAUUUUAAUUUUGCUGUAUAUGUUCAACUGCUGUUCGUUAUCAACUUGUUAACUCAGUUUCAAAGAUUACUUGUAAGUAAACAAAAUAAUGUUUACCCGAACAU